AGCGGGGCCCGCUCCGGCCCCAUGCGCGGCAGGGUCGUCGCCUCCGCCUCGGCGCCGCAGACUCGCGCGGCUUCGGGCCCGCCGCCCGCCCCGCACUCGCCGCCCCGACCGGCGGCCGCUCCCCCUUUGUCCCGCGGGCCGCGCCGGAGCCGGGCUCCCUUCUCCGCCACCUGCAGCCGGCGGCGUCGCAGCGUCGGCGAUGAACCCCGUGAAUGCCACAGCCCUCUACAUUUCCGCGAGCCGCCUCGUGCUCAACUACGACCCCGGGGACCCCAAGGCCUUCACUGAGAUCAACCGGCUGCUGCCUUACUUCCGACAGUCGCUGUCGUGCUGCGUCUGCGGACAUUUGCUACAAGAUCCCAUUGCACCCACCAACUCUACCUGCCAACACUAUGUCUGCAAAACUUGUAAAGGCAAGAAAAUGAUGAUGAAACCUUCCUGUAGUUGGUGCAAAGACUAUGAGCAGUUUGAAGAAAAUAAGCAGCUAAGCAUCCUAGUGAAUUGCUACAAAAAACUAUGUGAAUAUAUAACACAGACUACAUUGGCACGGGAUAUAAUAGAAGCGGUCGACUGCUCUUCUGAUAUUUUGGCUUUACUUAAUGAUGGAUCAUUGUUUUGCGAGGAGACAGAAAAACCCUCAGAUUCAUCUUUUACUUUGUGUUUGACACAUUCCCCUCUACCUUCAACCUCAGAACCCACAACUGAUCCUCAAGCGAGUUUAUCUCCAAUAUCAGAAAGCACCCUCAGCAUUGCUAUUGGCAGUUCUGUUAUCAAUGGUUUGCCUACUUACAAUGGUCUCUCAAUAGAUAGAUUUGGUAUAAAUAUUCCUUCACCUGAACAUUCAAAUACAAUUGAUGUAUGUAAUACUGUUGACAUAAAAACUGAGGAUCUGUCUGAUAGCCUGCCACCUGUCUGUGAUACAGUAGCCACUGACUUGUGCUCUACAGGCAUUGAUAUUUGCAGUUUCAGUGAAGAUAUAAAACCUGGUGACUCUCUUUUACUGAGUGUGGAGGAAGUACUCCGGAGUUUAGAAACUGUUUCAAAUACAGAAGUUUGUUGUCCCAAUUUGCAGCCCAAUUUGGAAGCCACUGUAUCCAAUGGACCUUUUCUGCAGCUUUCUUCUCAGUCUCUUAGCCAUAAUGUUUUUAUGUCCACCAGCCCUGCACUUCAUGGGUUAUCAUGUACAGCAGCAACACCGAAGGUAGCAAAAUUAAAUAGAAAACGAUCCAGAUCAGAAAGUGACAGUGAGAAGGUUCAGCCACUUCCAAUUUCUACUAUUAUUAGAGGCCCAACAUUGGGGGCAUCUGCUCCUGUGACAGUGAAACGUGAGAGCAAAAUCUCUCUUCAGCCUAUAGCAACUGUUCCCAAUGGAGGCACAACGCCCAAGAUCAGCAAAACUGUACUUUUAUCUACUAAAAGCAUGAAAAAGAGUCAUGAACAUGGAUCUAAGAAAUCUCACUCUAAAACCAAGCCAGGUAUUCUUAAAAAAGAUAAAACAGUAAAGGAGAAGAUUCCCAGUCAUCAUUUUAUGCCAGGAAGUCCUACCAAGACUGUGUACAAAAAACCCCAGGAAAAGAAAGGGUGUAAAUGUGGGCGUGCUACUCAAAAUCCAAGUGUUCUUACUUGCCGCGGCCAACGCUGCCCUUGUUACUCUAAUCGCAAAGCCUGCUUAGAUUGUAUAUGUCGUGGCUGCCAAAACUCCUAUAUGGCCAAUGGGGAGAAGAAGCUGGAGGCAUUUGCUGUGCCAGAAAAAGCCUUGGAGCAGACCAGGCUCACUUUGGGCAUUAAUGUGACUAGUAUUGCUGUGCGCAAUGCUAGUACCAGCACCAGUGUAAUUAACGUCACAGGGUCCCCAGUAACGACAUUUUUAGCUGCCAGUACACAUGACGACAAAAGUUUGGAUGAAGCUAUAGACAUGAGAUUCGACUGUUAAAUCAGUGGGUCUUUAAACCUACUUCUGGUAGGGAGAAUAGCUACAGUUCUACGGCAGCUAUGGUUUUGUUGGUUUAACUUGCCGGAGCUCCUGCAUAUAGAUCACUUGUAUCAAGUGUUUUCAUUGCUAAGUUAUAUGUGUUAGUGUCGGGGAAAUAGUUUGCAGAUAAUGGAGGAGUAACCCUACAACUAUAUGUCUUUAGUUCUUACAGAACCUCAUAGUUUGAGAACAAAUGCUGAUGCAACUGAUUUAUACAAAAUGAACUUUGGCAAGGAAAAGAACAUUAACCUCAUUGUUUAUGGUCAUGCUUUGUGCAUAAUCAAAGUUUAUGAUUAAAUGUAAGAAGUGGUACCUAGUCAGUCCAUAAAGAUUGUGCUAAGUUUUGUGGAAAAGUAACCAUUACUUUCCAUUUACUGUUUUGGAAACUCAGUGCUGCCUUCAGAUGCCAUUGAUGUUUUUCCUGUUGAAAAGCUGUUGUGUCCAGCUCAACCUUUGUGCUGACAUAAUACCAUUUCUGAUCAUGAAAAUUG